UCCUUCUCGGCCGCCGUUGCGCCGCUCUGCGCGGCAGCAAGAUGGCGGCGCAACAGCAGGACCGUGAGGGUGGUGCGCAGCUGGCUGGGCCCGCCGCGGAGGCCGACCCCCUGGGCCGCUUCACGUGUCCUGUGUGCUUAGAAGUGUACGAGAAGCCGGUGCAGGUGCCCUGUGGUCACGUCUUUUGCUCUGCAUGCCUGCAGGAAUGUCUGAAGCCGAAGAAGCCUGUCUGUGGGGUGUGUCGCAGCGCUCUGGCACCUGGCGUCCGAGCCGCGGAGCUCGAGCGGCAGAUCGAGAGCACAGAGACUUCUUGCCAUGGCUGCCGUAAAAAUUUCUUCCUAUCCAAGAUCCGGGCCCACGUGGCUACCUGUUCCAAAUACCAGAAUUACAUCAUGGAAGGUGUGAAGGCCACCACCAAGGAUGCCUCCCUUCAACCAAGGAACGUCCCAAACCGUUACACCUUCCCUUGCCCGUACUGUCCCGAGAAGAACUUUGAUCAGGAAGGGCUAGUGGAACACUGCAAGCUGUCCCAUAGCACGGACACCAAAUCUGUGGUUUGUCCGAUAUGUGCCUCGAUGCCUUGGGGAGACCCUAACUACCGCAGCGCCAACUUCAUAGAGCACAUCCAGCGCCGGCACCAGUUUUCGUACGACACUUUUGUGGAUUACGAUGUUGAUGAAGAGGACAUGAUGAAUCAGGUGUUGCAGCGCUCCAUCAUCGAUCAGUGAGCGGUCUCUACUGUCCGGCUCGUGCUCCAGAGCGUCCGUUGUGUGUUGGGCGUGAAACAUGUGACUCCUACACCUUCAAUGUACAACAGACCUGGAAGUGAGCUGUGGUCACUUCUGACAGGGAAAAGGUCCCCAGGUCAGAGCCGUCCCUUCCUUUGGGGUCUCCCCUACUGUUAACUCUGUCAUGUGUCUGGUCUCUGAUUGCCCUCAGCUGCUCCCUGGAGCUUCUGCUU